CAAGCAGCAAAUCCCAUGCGAGUAAAACUGCAGCGCAUGAGAUAUACUGGAUAUACAGCACAAAUGAUUCUGGGUACGGCCCUUGCACUUGAUUGCAUUGAAUCAAUAUGCCGAAAGAAUGCAGCAACAAAGUAAUCCAAUAAACAAAACUAUUUUCCAUACAUGCACAGUAAAUUAAACUAAAAAUAAACUGACCUGCUCUCAGAAGUAUCGUUCAGUUUGGAAUUUGCCUGCGUGUGCCAUUCUCACAAUAGGCCUGCCUGCUGGCACAACAUUCUCUCACAAGCAGCUUGUUUUAAUUCUCUGACAGUCUUUAGACUUACAUUCGAACAUACAAACAUAACGAACGCGUGAUGGCCAUUCCACCAACCUAUGCUCAUCUGGUUCAGAGUAGUUAAUUCAUCAAAAAAAAAAAAAAAAAAAGGAUCUUAACGAUUCCCAGGGAUUCAGCAUCAACAACAUGAGUAGAUAAGCCAUUCCACACCCUCACUACUCUCUGUGUGAUGAAGUGUGUCCGUCCCUCUUUUACAGAAGGAAAAGUGAGGAAGAAACCCGCUAUCAAAAUUCCAGCGGAAGUCUUCGGACAGAAGGAGCACAACCCCACACCACCUCGAAACCUCGACUCCAGGACCUUUAUUACUAUUGGAGACAAAAACUUUGAGGUGCAGGCGGAUGAUCUGGUGUCAAUCUCUGAGCUGGGACGAGGGGCCUAUGGUGUGGUGGAGAGAGUGCGGCAUGCACAGAGCGGGACGAUAAUGGCUGUUAAAAGAAUCAGAGCAACAGUAAACAGCCAGGAACAGAAGAGGCUGCUGAUGGACCUGGAUAUCUCCAUGCGGACAGUUGAUUGUCCCUACACAGUCACCUUUUAUGGAGCUCUUUUCCGAGAGGGUGACGUGUGGAUUUGCAUGGAAUUAAUGGACACCUCCCUGGAUAAAUUCUACAAGAAGGUGAUCGAAAAAGGAAGAAAAAUACCAGAAGAUAUUCUAGGAAAAAUGGCUGUGUCUAUUGUCAAAGCAUUAGAGCAUUUACACAGCAAGCUGUCAGUGAUUCACAGAGAUGUAAAGCCUUCAAAUGUCCUCAUUAACAACGAAGGCCACGUGAAGAUGUGUGAUUUUGGGAUCAGUGGGUACCUGGUAGAUUCUGUUGCGAAGACCAUGGAUGCUGGCUGUAAACCCUACAUGGCUCCUGAAAGGAUAAAUCCAGAGCUUAGUCAGAAGGGAUACAAUGUGAAAUCUGACGUCUGGAGUCUGGGCAUCACGCUGAUUGAGUUAGCGAUUCUUCGAUUCCCCUACGAGUCCUGGGGGACCCCAUUCCAGCAGCUGAAGCAAGUGGUGGAAGAGCCUUCCCCGCAGCUCCCAGCGGACCGCUUUUCCAAGGACUUUGUGGAUUUCACUGCUCAGUGUUUAAAAAAGAAUUCCAUAGAAAGAAUGAACUACCUUGAGCUUAUGGAGCACCCCUUCUUCAAACUACACGACACCAAGGAAACAGACAUAGCCUCCUUUGUGAAAGAGAUCUUAGCUGAAGACCAGAAUUGACCUCUCCUCUCCUGCUGUCUUUUGCAAUCUCCAGAUCAUCAUGAAUGGAAUAGAUUGUUUCAGUGGGGUCUUAUGGUGGUUUGAGCCUAAUAAUUUGCAAUAUUGUAAAGUUACUUUUUAUGUGUAUUAUAAAGAAAUAAAAUCUAUUCAAAUGUCAAGCUUAACCACCAUGGGGGUUUUUAUUUAACUGCCCUUGUGUCAAGUUUGUGCACAGUAUAAAAUGAAACAAAUAGUACAGUAUUUAAUUCAUUUUUGGUGUUUUUGUUUUUAUCUAUAACUAUUAUUUUGUAUUAUAAUUUGUGUACCCAUAUUUCAAUACUGCAAACCACCAUAAGCAUUGAACCAGUCUUUGCUACUGUCAUAUCUGCACUGUAAAUAUUGCAGUGAUGACUUCUUUCCUGUCAAUAACCAGUCAGCUGCUUCCCCAAUUGACUUGCGUGCCUUCAGCCAGUAACAUGCUUAGACCCAAAGACACUGGUGGGGUCAAAUGAACAUGCAUGUGAAGCAGUAACAGAAGGCAAGGCAAACAAACAAAUAACUUUAUUUAACCUAGUGUAGCACCAGAUGUCUGCUUUAAAAGAAAAUACAUGUUUGAUAAAAUAUGUAUUUCUUAAGAACUGCACAUUUGAGACUGCGUAGCUAAUGGAAGUGCAAAAUGGGUGCGCUUUAGUGAAUGAAUGUGUCGGUUACAGUUACUUUAAUACGGUUACGAUUACUUUAAUACCAAAAAUUUUUUGUUCAGAAAUCACGUAGCUUUCCUUUGACAUUGUCACGUUUCAGCAGCUUUAAUGUCUGUGUUCUUACUUUGUUAACACAAGAGGUCAAAUGUUUUGGUUCACAUUCAGCUUUCCAACGCAAUUGGCAAUUAAGUGUUUCGAAAGUUCUAACUUUAAUAAUAAAUAAAUAAAUAAAUAAAAUAAUAUUUUUUAAAAUGCAAGAGUAACAGUUUAUAUGAAAGGCAAUUCACUCCCAAGAAAACUCUCCCACGGGAGUGGCGUUUCUCAGGGGGGUUGUGCAGCAGCAGAACCCCUCAGUGGUGAUGGUAACUGCAAUGUGGUUUUCCUGCAGCCCGUUUUAUUGCUGCUGUCAUGGUGUGGGCUUGUAUUUUUACUACUGCUUUGCUUUGUGUGCUUCUUUUGACAGGCUAGCUAUUAUAAAGUAUAGAGUAUGGUCCCCAUGUACUGUAUUAUAGCUUGACUGUAUUAAAGGGAGCCUUGAUACAUGAUGGUGAUUUACUUUUGUGUAUUAAUUGUUUCACAUGAUAAAUAAAAGGUGUUCUAAGCUU